AGGCACUGCGUCGUGAUCAGACGAGCCGAGAGCGAUCGAUACUCCUAUGCUAGCCUCUGACUCUUCGGGGUAGACAGCCGAGUGGUCGAACCAAACGCAACGAGUCGUCGCCAACCCAAAGGCGACUCGACACGCCCCAGCUGAAGAGAGGCACAGGACUGAACGAGCUGGCGGUGGCCCGAUGGCUGGAGACACCCACUGCCCCACAGAGCCCCUGGCCAGAGAAGGCACUCUAUGGGAGGCCCUCAGGGCGCUCCUGCCACACAGUAAAGAAGACCUAAAGUUGGACCUCGGGGAGAAAGUGGAGAGGAGCAUGGUGACGUUGUUGCAGCGAGCCACUGAGCUCUUCUACGAGGGCAGAAGGGACGAGUGUCUGCAGACCAGCGAGGUGAUCCUGGACUACUCUUGGGAGAAGCUCAACACGGGCACAUGGCAGGAUGUAGACAAAGACUGGCGCCGGGUCUAUGCCAUCGGCUGCCUCCUGAAAGCCCUGUGUCUGUGCCAGGCACCUGAGGAUGCCAACACUGUGGCUGCAGCCCUGCGGGUCUGUGACAUGGGCCUGCUGAUGGGGGCAGCCAUCCUGGGGGACAUCCUCCUUAAAGUGGCUGCCAUCCUCCAGACACACCUCCCUGGAAAGAGGCCUGCCCAUGGCUCCAUCCCGGAGCAACUCUGCACAAAGAAAGCAAGAGUGGACCAUGGUUCGAUUCCAGAUGUGAAGUUAGAAAGAACAGUCCCCCGGCUGCACCGUCCAUCCCUCCAGCAUUUCAGGGAGCAGUUUUUGGUUCCAGGGAGGCCCGUGAUCCUGAAAGGCGUGGCUGACCACUGGCCGUGCAUGCAGAAGUGGAGUUUGGAGUAUAUCCAAGAGAUCGCUGGCUGCCGAACCGUCCCGGUGGAAGUUGGUUCAAGGUACACAGACGAGGAAUGGUCCCAGACACUCAUGACGGUCAACGAGUUCAUCAGCAAAUACAUCGUGAAUGAGCCAAGGGACGUCGGGUACCUUGCUCAGCACCAGCUCUUUGACCAGAUCCCGGAAUUGAAGCAGGACAUCAGCAUCCCCGACUACUGCAGCCUGGGCGAUGGGGAGGAGGAGGAGAUCACCAUCAAUGCCUGGUUUGGUCCCCAGGGAACUGUCUCCCCGCUACAUCAGGAUCCCCAGCAAAACUUCCUAGUCCAGGUGAUGGGGAGGAAGUACAUCCGGCUGUAUUCCCCGCAGGAGUCAGGGGCUCUGUACCCUCAUGACACGCACCUUCUCCAUAACACGAGCCAGGUUGACGUGGAGAAUCCCGACCUGGAGAAGUUCCCCAAGUUUGCCAAGGCCCCAUUCCUGUCCUGCAUCCUGUCUCCUGGAGAGAUCCUGUUCAUCCCCGCGAAAUACUGGCAUUAUGUGCGGGCUCUGGAUUUGAGCUUCUCAGUCAGCUUCUGGUGGUCAUAGCCAGGAUAGGAGCUGAAUGGGCCUGACAUGCAGACAGCAUUCAUCUGUUUACGAAUUUCCUGGGUCCUGCAAUCUAUAGAGACAAGCAGGACUGAACCUGUGUCCUGAAGAGCCUUCACUGCCCAGUGGCAGCCCUGGGGGGCUGAGCUCCAGCACUGGACAGGCACAGAGCGGGGGCUGCCCAGGAAGGAGCACACUCCAGGCCAGGGGUGCAUGGCAGAGGAAGGUGGGGAGAGCCCAGAAGGACAUUGCAGGCAGACAGCCUGCAUGGGGACUCCGGCAUCAGAAAGCCUAAUAUUUUUGGGAAACCGGUGGGUCACACGGGCAGGGGUGAAAUGUGGGCUCUGAGGUUGGCUACUCGAUUCAAACCCGGCCGCACUGUGUACCUGCUGUGUGACUUGGCCAGGAUCCCUCACUUCGCUGUGCCCAUAUGGAAAAGGGCAAGGCCAGUCCUCACUGCCGAGGGCCGAGAAGGUGGUGCUGAGCCCCUGCUGCUGCAUGAACCUUAGCCGCUGUCACUGAUCCCAAUUACUCUGAUCCUUUUGCCCUUCCUUCCCAUAACGGCCUGCUGGACGCCACAGCCAGAAUACUGGAGAAAGCUAGGCAUUGCCCAGGUCACAGGAGAGAAUCCGUAGAGACCUGCGCAGGAGCCCAGACCCCUGCUGGGCAGUGGGAGCUUUCUGUUAUCCCCAUGGCUCAAGGAUAACCUACCUGCCUGCAGAGAAGUGUGAAGGUCUUGCUGGAUGACUUUUCACCCACACACCCAGGAGCAGGCUCCCAAGUGAAGAAACCACCGAACCAUCACCAGCUCCUAGAAGCCUCCCUCCCACCUUCUAGUCACCAUCCCCCAGAAGUAAUGACUCUCAAACCUGUGGGGUUUGAGGCCAGGGGGAGAGCCAGUCUCCGUGCUUUCUGUAAUUGUGUCUUGUUUGUGUGCACGCAGGUUUGUUUUAUCUUUUGGCCAUUAAGAUUUUCCCCAUCCCUCUCUUUUUUCUUUUUAAACUAAAUAGACAUGGGAUCUUGCUAUGUU